AUGGCGUUUGGAGGUCUUUUGUGGAUGGGGUUCGUCGUCGCUGUUCUCCUUUCGAUUCGUGCGGGACAAGACAGCGGGCUUUGCAAGGACUUCUCUCGCCUUUCUGGCGCCUGCGGUGGCGCUGGCCCAGGACUUGUGGUCUUCGCACUGCUAGCCAGCUGGGUCACCCCUGUCCUUGCAUCUGUGGGAAUCUUCAUGCAUGUGCGCGAAGGCAUGUGGCAUGCUCAGAAGGCUCCACUCCGUCCUCUUUACUUGUCUGGCAAUAGGGAGAAAGGACCGGAUGUUGAGACGUAUCCUGCACCGUGGAACCAGUUUGAUACUGUACCUUUAGAUGACUCUAUCCCGACGGUUUCAUAUGGGCACAUGGGUGCAUGA